CAAAUUGGCUCUCUUUUUUUGCCCGCUCGCUGGCGUUCGACGUUUCGUUUCCAUUCGGCAGACGACGCUGCUAUUGCCGUCUGCCGCCAGAGUUCGACCAGAGAGCAGAGAGUCGGAGAAAACAGGGAGAUGGGCGGGGGUAGAGGAGGGCCGAAGCGAGGACGGACGCAGCGUAGGCACUUCCGCCAGAGCCGCGAGAACGUGUGGAGAAAGAAGAACAGGACCGAUCCUCCCCCUUCCUCCGAUAACAACUCCACUUGGGAGCCCUUUGUCACCCAAAACCCCUCCUUCGAAGAGUACUACAAGGAACAAGGGAUCGUCUCGGAGGACGAGUGGGACGAGUUCCUCGCGGUUCUCCGGAAGGCAUUGCCUGCCGCCUUCCGGAUCAAUUCCAGCGGACAGUUCUCCAAGGAUAUUCGGUGUCAACUGGAAGAUGACUUCAUGAAGUCCCUCGAUGUAGAGGUGGAGUGUGAAAAUGGAAAUGGAGAGGCUGGUAUUAGACCUCUGCCUUGGUAUCCGGACAAACUUGCUUGGCAGGUCAACUUCUCCCGUAUGCAGCUAAGAAAAAACCAAACACUUGAGAGAUUUCACGAGUUCUUGAAGCAAGAAAAUGAGAUUGGAAACAUAACAAGACAAGAGGCUGUUAGUAUGGUACCUCCACUUUUCUUGGAUGUACAACCAGAUCAGCGUAUACUUGAUAUGUGUGCAGCUCCAGGUUCAAAGACAUGCCAGUUGCUGGAGAUGAUACACAGGUCCAACAAACCUGGAUCACUACCUGAAGGAAUGGUAAUUGCAAAUGAUGUUGAUUUCCGAAGAUGCAAUCUUCUUAUACAUCAAACAAAGAGGAUGUGCAGUGCCAACUUAAUUGUGACUAAUCAUGAAGCUCAGAAUUUCCCCUCCUGUCUUUUUAAGCCCGAAAGAGAGAUGACUAUUGAUAAUUUACCAUAUGGUAUUAAGGCAUGUGACAAAUCUCAAAAACUAAUAGAAAAUCAGUUACUUUUUGACCGUGUUUUAUGUGAUGUUCCCUGUAGUGGGGAUGGCACACUUCGUAAAGCACCUGAUCUAUGGAGAAAAUGGAACCCAGGAAUGGGGAAUGGUCUACAUCGUCUUCAGGUUCAAAUUGCUAUGCGUGGUAUAGCAUUACUUAAAGUUGGUGGGAGGUUGGUGUACUCAACUUGUUCAAUGAACCCUGUUGAGGAUGAAGCUGUUGUAGCUGAGAUUCUUCGAAGAAGUGGAGGGUCUGUUGAGCUUUUGGAUGUCUCUGCCGAGCUUCCUCAGUUGAUCAGGCGUCCUGGUCUUAAGACAUGGAAGGUGCGGGAUAAGGGUUGCUGGUUGACUUCUUACAAAGAAGUUCCUUCAAACAGAAAGGCAGUGAUAGUGCCCAGUAUGUUCCCUUCAGGUCAAGCUGGGGAGCCAAAGGAAGCAUCUGCUUUUGGUGAAGAAGAGAUAUCAGUCAAUGUGAAUGAGUUAGAAACUGAUACCUCUUUGCAGAAGCAAUGUCAAAUUGAUGAAAACUUCCCUCUCGAAAGAGGUAACUGUGAUGUGGGUGACGGCAUUGCUUUGAGUAAGACUUGUCAGGAAAAUGGGACAGAAAAGUGUUGCUCUCAAUCCAUAACUCCAGGAAAUCCAAAACCUAAAGCAAAAGAAGUUUCGAACUUUCCUUUGGAACGAUGUAUGAGGAUAUUGCCACAUGACCAAAAUGGAGGAGCCUUUUUCAUUGCUGUCCUCCAAAAAAUUUCUCAUUCAAAAGACAGACCAAGAGAGCAAGGGGGUUAUACGGAUGAAAGUGGCAAGACUGGAGAGCCAGCAAAGGAGGUCAAUGAGGCAUCAUGCGCGGGUAAUUCAAGCAUAAUUGCUAAUGCUGCACCAAGUGAUGAUAAUGGUGAUUUUGCUGAGGGAAGUGUGGCCUCAGAUUCUUUGGAUGAACAAGAGACUGUAGAAUUUGGUUCAGAAGCAGACCACUCUGAGUUCUGUCCAGAAGGCAAUGAGAUGGAGAAGGCUGAAGAAUGUGAGGAUGGCAUGACUGACUUGAACAGGGAGGGAGUUGGGAGAGGAAAGUUGCAGAUCCAGGGAAAAUGGAGAGGAGUCGAUCCUGUUGUAUUCUUCAUGGAUGAUAACAUAAUUAAUAAUUUAAGAAACUUCUAUGGCAUUGAUGAAUCAUUGCCCUUUCAUGGACAUCUUGUAACUCGAAAUGAUGAUGUCCACCAUGUGAAAAGGAUAUACUAUACAUCAAAGUCCGUUCAGGACGUCCUCAGGUUGAAUUUUUGUGUUGGUCAGCAGCUAAAGAUAACAUCUCUUGGAUUGAAAACUUUUGAAAGGCAGACAUCAAAAGAUUCUUCUACAUCAUGUGCCUUUAGGAUAUCUUCUGAAGGUUUACCCCUCUUGCUGCCAUAUAUGACCAAACAGCGGAUCCAUGCAUCACUAAAAGACUUUGUGCAUCUCUUAAAAUAUCGUACAAUUAAGUUUGCAGACUUUUGUGAUGCUGAGUUUGGUGAAAAGGCUUCAGAGUUGUCAGCAGGUUGUUGUGUUGUUGUAUUGCAUAAAGGGGAGGGUCCUGUUCCUGAUGUGAUUGUUGUUGAUGGGUCAACAAUUGCUAUCGGAUGUUGGAAAGGAAGAACAAAUCUGAGUAUCAUGGUGUCACAAGUAGAAUGUCAGGAAUUGCUUGAUAGGCUUAGUGGGCAGUCUUCGUCAUUACAAGAGACCAAGGAUGAGAACCACAACGGCUGUGUCAGCUAAUAAAUCCAAUUCAACUUGAGGAGGGCCCUGCAAAGCAUAACCUUUUUCAUGAUCAAGCCCCUUGUGUACGCUCCCUCAUGUUUCAACUGUUUUUCAGUGGCAAGUUCAUGCUGUGCGGGCUUUGCAUAUCCCCCAUUUAUGGCCAGCUUGUUCAAUGUAACCUUGAAAAAUCAAGCAGUUUAUAGCAAUCUGUUUGUGUGUUGAUGAUCU